UUUUUUGAGGGAGAGGGCAAAGAGGCCUUGAAAAGAACGAGAGAUUCGGAGUACACGGGGCAUGUCACGCUUAGCUCCUGACUGAAACUUUCCUUUAGGAGAGGAGAAGCCUUUCUCUUCGACGCGCAUCCUUCUCUUCUGCUGCCUUUAGGAAGGCGGAGGAGGCGUGCCCAAGCUAGUUGGCUAACUACUCAGCACGUCGUUGCGAUAGGAGCUGCUCAGAGUUAAGAGCUGCUCCGUUGGCGUUCCCUGCCCCUCCCCCUCUUCUUUUCUCUCCUCCCGUCCCCGCCCCCCUCCACUCCUCUCUUCUACCAGUGAAUUCCCUGGCUGGAGUACGCGUGCGCUUUGUCAGCUCCUUUAGAGCGCGAGCUUGGGCACCUACCCCGCUCCUCCAACCCCGCCCGCUCUUUACCUUACCGGCCUUAGCUGGCCCGGUGGGCUCGCGGGUACACGCUCGCGCGCGCGCGCGCGUACACACACACGCAUGCGACACGCAGCUGAACCGAGACGUCGAGGAGGGGAGUAAGAAGCAUCGCAAGAGGCGAUAGAGGAGAUAGGGUCUCACCGUGUACCCCAGGCUGGCCUCAAACUCAUGGCAAUCUUCCUGCCUUAACCUCGUUGAGUGCUGGGAUGACAUGUAUGGAGGAAUUGUUGCUAUGGGAAUAUAUGACCACAUAAACAGAAGUCUGUUCUGAUAAUUCUGAUACCUGAGAUGUAAUUGGACUGAGGAGUGGAACAGGAAAAAUUUUAGUGCCAACCUUAAUAACAAUGGCCACCGAUUCAGGGGAGCCAGCUAGCACUGAAGAUUCUGAGAAACCUGAUGGAGUUUCAUUUGAAAAUAGAGUUCCCCAGAUUGCUUCUACUUUGACAAUAGACACUAGAUUAAAGGGAAAAAGUGGCACCUUCACUGCUUCUGGGGAAGCAAUAGAAAGGAAGAGAUUUUUCCGAAAGAGUAUUGAGAUGACAGAAGAUGACAAAGUUGCCGAGUCUUCUUCCAAGGAUGAGAGAGUGAAGCCUGCAGCAAAUAUUCCAAGAGUAGAUAAACUUUCUACAAAUGUGUUGAGAGGUGGACAAGAAGGUAAAUAUGAGCAGUGUUCAAAGGCAACUUUGGAAACCUCAAAAGAUUGCUUCAAGGAAAAAAAUGAAAAGGAAAUAGAAGAAGAAGCAGAAAUGAAAGCAGUAGCAACUUCUCCUAGUGGCAGGUUCCUGAAAUUUGACAUAGAACUGGGAAGAGGAGCAUUUAAAACAGUAUAUAAAGGACUGGACACUGAAACAUGGGUUGAGGUUGCUUGGUGUGAACUGCAGGACCGGAAGUUAACCAAAGCUGAGCAGCAAAGGUUCAAGGAAGAAGCAGAAAUGUUGAAAGGUCUCCAGCAUCCUAAUAUAGUUCGAUUUUAUGAUUCUUGGGAGUCUGUCUUAAAAGGAAAAAAAUGUAUUGUGUUAGUGACUGAACUAAUGACAUCAGGAACCUUAAAGACGUACUUAAAACGAUUUAAAGUCAUGAAACCAAAGGUCUUAAGGAGCUGGUGCAGGCAAAUUUUAAAGGGACUGCAGUUCCUGCACACUAGGACUCCUCCUAUUAUCCACCGGGAUUUGAAGUGUGACAAUAUAUUCAUCACAGGACCUACUGGAUCUGUGAAGAUUGGUGAUCUAGGACUCGCUACCUUAAUGCGCACAUCAUUUGCUAAGAGUGUCAUUGGAACUCCUGAGUUUAUGGCUCCAGAGAUGUAUGAAGAGCACUACGAUGAAUCUGUUGAUGUUUAUGCUUUUGGAAUGUGUAUGCUAGAAAUGGCUACUUCAGAGUACCCUUAUUCUGAGUGUCAGAAUGCAGCUCAGAUAUACCGUAAAGUAACCAGUGGCAUAAAACCAGCCAGCUUCAACAAAGUCACUGAUCCUGAAGUGAAAGAAAUCAUUGAAGGAUGUAUUCGUCAAAAUAAAUCUGAAAGGUUGUCUAUCAGGGACCUACUAAACCACGCAUUUUUUGCUGAGGAUACAGGACUGAGGGUGGAGUUAGCAGAGGAAGAUGAUUUCUCAAAUUCAUCCCUGGCUUUGAGACUCUGGGUUGAAGAUCCUAAAAAGUUGAAAGGCAAGCACAAAGACAAUGAAGCUAUUGAGUUCAGCUUCAAUUUAGAAACAGAUACACCUGCGGAAGUAGCAUAUGCAAUGGUCAAAUCUGGAUUCUUCCAUGAAAGUGAUUCUAAAGCUGUUGCUAAAUCCAUUAGAGACCGGGUGACCCUGAUAAAAAAGUCCAGAGAGAAGAAGCCUGCUGGUUGUUUGGAAGAACAUAGAGAUUCACAAUUCAAGUCUAUGGGAGCUGUAUUCACUCAGAACCAAACUAUAACUUUGCCCACUGCUCCCACUCAGUACACCAGGACUGAAUGUGAAGAAACUGAAGUUGAUCAACAUGUUAAACAACAGCUUCUACAAAGAAAACCACAGCAGGAUUAUUUCUCUGUUAGAGGUGAUAAUUUAUAUGAAGCAGAAGCUGGAUCAGUGAUACAUUCAGAUACUUCAAGCCAGCCCAGUUUACCCUAUUUCUCAAACCAGAUGAUAAGCUCUCAAAUGACUUCUAAUGUCCUGCAAGUUGACAUAAAUGUUCCAGGGCAAAUUUAUCCAUCCCAGCAACUAGAAGGACAUUGCCAACAAAUUUCAGAGGCUGUAUCCCAAUUGGCUGGAGUUGAACAACAAGCAGCUCUUCAAAAACCAGAUUUAGUUCGAAGCUUGAAUCAAGAUAUGACAGCUAUGAAAGAAAACAUCUAUAACCUUGAUAAUCCAAGUGGAAAUGGCAAACAGGAUCGGAUCAAACAAAGAAGAGCUUCCUGUCCCCGACCAGAGAAAGGGACUAAAUUUCAGCUUACUGUUCUUCAGGUUUCAACUUCUGGAGACAAUAUGGUAGAGUGUCAGCUGGAGACUCAUAACAACAAGAUGGUUACCUUCAAGUUUGAUGUUGAUGGUGAUGCACCAGAGGAUAUUGCAGACUAUAUGGUUGAAGAUAACUUUGUACUGGAAAAUGAGAAGGAAAAAUUUGUGGAAGAAUUGAGGGCUAUUGUAGGUCAAGCCCAGGAGAUUCUUCAUGUCCAUUCUGCUGCAGAAAAAUCCAUGGGAGUUGACUUUGUUACCUUGGAAUUCAACAGUAACCAAACAGGAUCAUCUGAACAAGUACAGAUAAAUUCUGCAUCCACUCAAACCAGCAAUGAAUCUGCUCCUCAGUCAUCCCCAGUUGGUCGAUGGCGAUUUUGUAUCAAUCAAACAAUUAGAAAUCGUGAAGCUCAGUCUCCUCUUCAGCCUUCAGUGGCUACAGUUCCUGAGCUACAUCCAUUUUCUUGCUCAAGAAACACAAAUAAUAAAGAAAUAUCACAGGACACACUACUCACUAUAGAAAAUAAUUCAUGCCAGCGUGCACUUUUCACCUCCAAAUCAGAACAGAAGAAUUUAGUGGAUGGUAAGAUUUCUGAAUGUGCUAGUGUAGAAACUGAGCAGCCAGCUAUACUUUAUCCAACGGAAGAUGACAGGCAGAUAAUGGCACCAAGUACUAGUAGUUCCGCUUAUUCUGCUACUUCAGUUUGUACAGCUGCAGUCAAACGUGAUGGGCUCACCAGCCAAACAGGUAUGUUCAUACCUGUAUAUCCAUGUCAUCAAGCUUUCAGUCAAGCUAAUGUGCUCAUGGCCCAUUCUGGUGAAUCAGCUCAGAUUACCGAUAACAUUGUUACAACUUCAGCAUUUUUGUGUGAUCAAAAACCUCAGUCCUUAUCAGUACAACAGCCAGCUAUUGAUGCAGAAUUUAUUUCCCAAGAGAAAGAAACAACAGUGAAUACUGAAGCAAGUUCUCCUAAGGCAGUCAUUCCCACUCAGACCCCUAGCCUUGAAGCAACUACCCUUGUACCCAUUACUCUUUUGGAAUCAGAUGGGGAAAGACCUCCAAAAAUGGAGUUUGCAGACAACCGAAUUAAAACUCUGGAUGAAAAAUUAAGAAACUUGCUCUAUCAGGAGCACAACACCUCUAGCAUCUAUUCUGAGAGUCAGAAGGAUACCCAAAGCAUAGACUCUCCAUUUUCUUCUUCUGCUGAAGACACACUUUCCUGUACAAUGCCAGAAGUCAUAGCCAUCAGUCACUGUGGAAUCCAAGAUAGCCCUGCACCAUCUCCUAAUUUCCAACAGGCAGCCUCUAAAAUUCUGUGCAGUGUGGCUGCGAGUCAGCCUGCUAGCAUAUCGGUAUUCGAAAGGGACUUGAAUGUGAUAACUUCUGUACCCAGCGAAUUAUGUUUACAUGAGAUGUCUCCAGAUGCUUCACUUCCAGGGGAUCUAGAGGCCUAUCCUGCUGCUGUGUCAAGUGGUGGAACCAUUCAUCUGCAGACAGGAGGUGGAUAUUUUGGCCUAAGCUUUACUUGUCCUAGUCUCAAAAAUCCUAUUAGCAAGAAAUCCUGGACUCGCAAAUUAAAAAGCUGGGCAUACAGGCUACGGCAGUCAACCAGCUUUUUCAAGAGAUCAAAAGUCCAUCAAGUGGAAACAGAAGAUAUAACAUCAGCAAUUGCUCCUGAUCCUAUUCCUCUGACACGGGAGUCCACAACCGAUACUAGGGCUUUGAGUAGAUGUAAAGCGAUGAGUGGAUCAUUUCAGCGGGGUCGGUUCCAGGUAAUCACAGUUCCUCAACAACAGUCAGUGAAAGCAACAUCUUUUGGAAUAGAAUACAGACCAGCAGUAUUCAAGGACAAGCAGUCUAGUGAAGAAGCACUCGUCUUUUCUGCAGCUGCAAAGUCUCAGUUGGUAGAAGUGGAAACUACCACACAAAAUCUUCAGACUUCCAUUUCUUCUCAGAAGUUACAAACUCUUCACAAAACCUUUAAAGAAAAUAAAGGAAUUCCCAAACAAAUUGACAGCUUCUUACCUUUAAGCACAGCUUGUGAGACUGAUGUAUCUUCAGUGAGCCCAGAAAAAGAAUUAGAAGAAAUUUCAGCCACGAGAAAUAGCAUAGAAAGAGAGAUACUAACUGGUGGGAAACAGCUUAGUUCUAAUAGUGAAUUUUUAGCCAACCUGGCUGGUAAUGAAAAUGUUGUGGAAAAAACUGGUCCAGAGAGUAACCAAUGCUUACCACUCCAUGAACAAGCAUAUGCUGAAACACAUAGUUCACUCUUCUAUUCUCCAUCUUCACCAAUGAGCAGUGAUGAUGAGUCAGAAAUAGAAGAUGAAGACUUGAAAGUGGAGCUUCAAAGAUUAAGAGAAAAGCACAUUCAGGAGGUGGUAAAUCUUCAGACGCAGCAGAAUAAAGAACUGCAGGAGCUCUAUGAACGCCUUCGGUCAAUUAAAGAUACCAAGGCUGAAUCUUCAGAGAUUCCUUUGCUACCGACAUCACCACGUCGACCAAGAUCAUUCAAAAGUAAACUUCGUAGCCGUGCCCAGUCCUUGACACAGGCAGACAAUGGCAUAAUUGCAACAGAUCCACUGUGUGUGGAAAGUAAUAGAACAUCACGCCAGCAAUCUCCAGCCAGUAAAAAAGGGAUGUUCACUGAUGAUUUACACAAGCUGGUGGAUGACUGGACAAAAGAAACAGUAGGGAAUUCUCUUGUUAAACCAAGUUUAAACCAACUUAAACAAAGUCAACAAAAAUUAGAGACCGAAAACUGGAACAAGAUAUAUGAAGUCUUCCAGAGCCUUGAAGAUCACCAUUUGGAAGUGGUGGCUUUUUUCAGGGAAAAUGGCUUCCAUGGCCUUCUUGCCCAUGACUCAGAGUAUGCUCUCUACAAUAUUCCCUCUUACUAUAGUUCCCAUGCUCUAAAGUUAAGCUGGAAUGGGAAGAACCUCACAACUAACCAAUUCCUGAUGCAGGAGGUGGCCAAACAACUGGGCCUGAAGCGCAUGAAUUUUCCCAUAUUUGCUGCACUGUUAGGUAACCACAUUCUUCCAGAUGAGGAUCUGGCUGCUUUUCACUGGAGCCUUUUAGGACCAGAACAUCCUCUUGCAUCACUUAAGGUGCGAGCACAUCAGCUUGUUCUUCCACCUUGUGAUGUGGUGAUCAAGGCUGUUUCUGAAUAUGUUAGUUCCAUCAAAGACACUUCAAACCUCGAUGUUGUUGGGAAGGAUGUUUUCAAACAGUCACAGUCUAGGACAGAAGAUAAAAUAGAACGAUUCAAGAAAGCAGUUGAGUACUAUUCAGUCACAACCAAGCUCUCUUCAUUGCCAGUGGGUUCCUCCUUUCUAGGCUUUCGAAAUAAUCAUCUUGGAAAUCCUUCCCUUCCACGAAAUCAAAUCUCUGCUGGAAAGCCAAUGUUUCCUCACCAUGCGCCCCAGAAAAUGAAGUACUCACCACCAUUCUCAGUGGGACCUAACUCAUCUCUUCUCUUCACCUCCCAUGCUCUGGGGGAAUCCAAUGCCUUUUCUGAGGAUCCCAUGAUACAGGAUAGUCCCUUUACCAGUUGGGCUGUGUCUUAUGACACUUCUGCACCCCAGUUUCCUAAUUACCUUACUUCCAAAACUUCACUUCCUUUACAACCAGACUCUUCACAUUCUUCUUCCUCUAAUGGUGAUGAGCCAAAUGGAGCCAGCUCUGAUCACAUCACAGAAACACUUCAGCAGCAGCCUGGAUGGGAAGAUUCUAAUGGUGACAGAGGGUCUUGGGCACAGCCUGUUGAUGGCGGAGUUUCAGAAGCCAACCUAGGUGAUGGCGAGCCUCACAUCCCAUCUCUACUCUCAAUGUCUACAAGGAACCACAUGGAUAUCACCAUUCCCCCUUUACCUCCGGUAGCUCCAGAAGUCUUACGGGUUGCUGAAUAUAGACACAGGAGGGGCCUUAUGUAUCCAUAUAUCUACCAUGUCCUCACUAAGGGUGAGAUUAAGAUCCCUGUAUGUAUUGAGGAUGAGUGUAACAUGGAGCUGCCUCCAGCUGCCCUUCUUUUCCGAUCAGCUCGUCAGUAUGUAUAUGGAGUCCUUUUUAGUUUGGCAGAGACACAGCGGAAAAUGGAACGUCUGGCCAUUCGGCGGCGGCUACCUGUAGAAGUUCCUUCAGUGAUUCUUAAAGAAUGGUCUGCCUAUAAAGGGAAGUCACCUCAAACUCCUGAGCUGGUGUCUGCACUGACAUUUCGGGAAUGGACCUGCCCAAACCUCAAGAAGCUCUGGCUGGGCAAAGCAGUUGAGGACAAGAACCGAAGGAUGCGGGCUUUCCUGGCAUGUAUGAAGUCAGACACACCCAGUAUGCUCAAUCCAGCUAAUGUCCCUACCCAUCUGCUACUUAUGUGCUGUGUUCUCCGGUACAUGGUCCAGUGGCCUGGUGGCCGAAUCCUGCAUCGCCAUGAACUAGACACCUUUCUUGCACAGGCAGUAUCUACCCAGCUUUAUGAACCAGAUCAACUCCAAGAACUCAAGAUCGAGAAACUGGAUGCCCGAGGAAUCCAGCUUGCUGCCCUCUUUAUGAGUGGAGUUGACACAGCUCUGUUUGCUAAUGAUGCCUGUGGCCAGCCGGUCCCUUGGGAACACUGCUGCCCCUGGAUUUACUUCGAUGGAAAGUUGUUCCAGAGCAAGCUUAUUAAAGCAGGCCGAGAGCGAGUAUCCCUGGUUGAGCUCUGUGAUGGCCAGGCUGACCUGGCAACCAAAGUGGAAAAGAUGAGGCAGAGUAUCCUUGAAGGAGUCAACAUGAAUCAUCCACCACCUUCAGCUCUACUUCCAUCACCUACUUUUGUGCCUCCCAUGGUUCCCUCUCUCUACCCUGUUUCACUUUAUUCCCGAGCUAUGGGCUCAGUGCCACCUCACCCUCAAGGAAGGAGCCGAGGAUUUGCAGGUUUCCAUCCAAUCCCAUCCCAAGGAGGAAAACUGGAAAUUGCUGGGAUGGUGGUGGGCCAGUGGGCUGGCAGUGGAUCCUCCAGAGGCCAAGGAUCCUUUGGCAUGCAAGUGGUUUCUGUCGGUGGGCCAGGAAAGGGGCAUGAAAAAGAACAGACUGGUAGAGGACCUAGAGGACACAAAAAAGGGAAUAAACAAGGCUCUUCAGAUGGAAUUUCUAAAUCCCUGGAGCAUCAUCAAGGGCACUCUGGCUCCCAAGUGAAUGGAAACAACAGCACAUUGACCAAAGAAGAGGAGAGUGGUCAUCUUCCAGCUGCAUCACAAUGUGCCUUAUCCAGAGUCAGCAACAUGUGUAAUGAUGGUAAUCUUUGCCUCCCUGUGAAGAAUGAGAACAGCUCACAAGAACAAAAGUUAGAAACUGUGGCACAACAAAAAGAGGAAUGACAACACUGAAGAUGGCUUCACCAGUCAGGAAGAAGGAAAAACUGUACUUUUCUGAUAGUAGGCCCAAGUUAGAGUAGGAUGUAAGUGCUCAUCUAAAUUUAUCUUUAAUUUUGAUGGGAUGUCUUACUGUUCCAUCUUUCCCCUUCUUUAUCUUUUUUGGGGCUCCAGAGUUAAGAUCUGUGGAAUUUCUGGUUAAAGAUGAAAAAUGUGAAGACUAGUUGCAGUUCUCAAAUUCAACAUAUAGUACCUAUAUUCUAUUUCCUCUAGAAAUCUAGUAAGGCAGUAACUGUCCAAAAAUGGAUGUUAUCCUAUAAGUCCUAUAAAAAUUUCUAGGUUUAGUAUUUUGAGUAUCAUGAUACUUAUUUGAAGACUUAUCUGGUACAUCUUUGGGGUUUAGGGGACAGAUUUCUGUGUCUUCUUUGUUUUUUUCCUCUGUGAAUUGAUAUGGUUUUGAUGUAUAAUUAGUAUCCAUCUCCUCUUUACUCUUACUGCCAAUUCAGCUACCCCAGGAUUUUGUACACCAUCUCUAACUCUGGCCUGACAAUCAGAUAAGUAGAUGUUUUUUUGGGAACUGGAUAAUAGUGGUUAUUUUAUUUUUUAUUUUAUACACAUACACACACACACACACACACACACACACACACACACUACCAGUGGCCUUGGUACUGGGAGAUUCAAGUGAUUUGGGAAAGUACUAGGCAGAUUUUUCCUGCCUCUCAACUAGCCCAUUGUUUGUAAAAUAGAUGUGGUGCAGUUCACCUACUCUCUACUGCACAUAUCCUGAAAUGGGUGGGAAUCGAUGUAAUGAAACUCAGUAUGAAAGAGACUCAAAACACUCUGCAUGUGAGUGUGAGUGUGUGUGGUUGUAUAUAUGAAUGUGUGUAUCUAUAUGCAUACACAUACCCUUUAUAUAAAGAGACAGAUCUAUUUAUCUAUACAUAUUUUAUACAUGUGUGUGUAUGUAUGUAUAUACAUAUACAUACAUACAUGGUGAUGUCCCAGAGGAUUUACUGAACUUACCAGAAACACUUCCACUGCUAUGGAGUGGUGAGUUUCAAAAGAUCAUGCUUUAAGUCUAAAAUCUUUACUAAGUCACAGCCCAUCAUAAUUAUGAGAAGAUGGACUACUCUAAAUCAACACAAAGUACUUUCCAGAGAUUGCCUGUUCAGAACAACAAACAUUUGGGUUGUAACAAGCUUAAUCUUGAACAGAGCCCUCAUGUCUCAUAUGGUAUAAACAAGAGGUUGGAAUGGGAUUGGGAAGAAUUGAGUAUUUCUUUAUAAAGGUUUGAAGAGAAAGAGGGGGUGGGGUGAUUUGAAAUUCUGCCCAUUUGGAGAAAAUCUGUCUUGGAACUCCAGGGUCAAAUUGGCUUCAGGUAAGAUCUGUUUGACAAGAAUCCCUGAAUGAAGGACAGUUUGCAUUGGAAAGAUGGUGUAAGGAAAUUUGAGGAAAUUUCACAAUUUGAUUUUACAUGCCUAGACUGUUUAAUUUGUUCAUUGACAUUUUGACUACCAGAUCUUUUCAUUUGCUUUGCAAGGAGGACUUCAAAGGACUUUGGCCUGGGCCUUGAAAAAUAUUCUAUAAAAGAUUCUCAGUCCCCUUUGUGGCCAGGAUCUUCUCAGGAUAAAAAUGCUGUCCCUCCUUGCUGGAGAUAAUCUUGAGACAACCUUGCAUUUCCAGUUUCUCUCCUUGGGCAGCCAACUACAGGGAUGGAAACAUGGCUUACAACAAAUUAGCACUGUACCUUUAUUCAGAAACUGAGGCUUUAAGCCUCAUAUAUUUCUUGGGGCUUCCAGCCUCCUGUGUCUUUAUCUGGGCUUUAUUAUAUCUUGCCCAAGAAGUACCAUUUCUACUGGAAUAUAACUGACUAGACAUUUAGCAGGUUUCUCUCUUUUUUGGAAAAACUCCAUGCACAUUGACCCACAGCAGGUUCUUGGUGAUUUCUUGUUUGUUUGGUUUUUUUCCCAGACAACCAGAAGGCUGUUUGCUAACUGACCACUUACAAUGACCAUAUCAUGAGCAACUGAAAACAGUCUCAGACUAGUCAUAGUCUGCCCAAUUUAAGAGAACCCACAGUUUUCAGGAGGAGAGAGCCCCAGAACACUUUGCCCCUCACAUAUUUCUUACACAAAGAAGGAUAAGAAGAGUGUACCCCCUAGAAAGAUGAAAGCAGGAACAAAUCAUAUGAAAACUUUGUAUUCAAGUCAGCUUCCCUGAUAUGGUCCCUCUUCUUCUCUUGGACUUGCAUAAUCGUAAAGGUUAGAACUUCUAUAUCUAUCAGUGGUAGAAAUGUAGAUGGCCCAGAAUUCUCUUUCUGUGCCCCAGAGCUCUAAAAGUAACCAGAGUCACUGAGCUGUGAGUGAAUGAAAAUAUAUAUAUUUGGAGUUAAAUGGUAAGGUAUCUCUUCAGUUGCUGUUUUUGUGCAUCUUGAAUCUAUCUGACACAAUCAGAUGACAGUAUUGUUAACUCACAGCAUUAAGAUUUCUUAUUUUGUAGGUAUUCACUGUGAGGGGUAAAAUUGCUGCUUUGGCAGGGAUGAUUCCAGUUGCCACAAGAUUUGCAUUUCUCCCUUCCACGUAUCUCUGUUUUCCCCUAUCCUGGCCCAGGGUGAAACAAGUGGCUGACCUCCAACCUUGAUUUUUAUUUGGAUUCAGCAUUUUAGGUUUGGAAGUUUAAAAGCAAGAACCAUAAAAGGCCAUAUUCCUAGAUUUAGUCUAGCUGCCAAAAUACACAACUUAAAAGCCAAACAAAUUGAGGUUCAUUACUGGGAGUUAAACUUUUUCUGAUUGCAGAGUAAAAAGGGGAAAAGUAGAAUGUGAUCUUUGCUGUACUGCUUGGAAAGGCUGUUGAUCUUCACUUGAGGUUCAGUUUCUGUUUGUAAUAUGCAACAAAGUAACACUGGAUUCCCCAGAAAUGACUCCUUUAACUUGUAGGGCCAUAAGCGAGAACACUCUGGUUGUGUAUAGCCACUGAUCCCCAAGGAUUUGCAGUUCUUGACUUCUGCUACUGUGUCUUGGGGUCAUCCUCUAAUUCCUGCUCUUUUCUAAGCAGCCAAUCUGGUCUGGACUAGGUCAGAAAGACUUCUGAUCACUUGCAUCAUUUUCAUUCUGAGCCAAUAGGUCUUUGGGUAGACUGAAGCCCAAGAAUUGGUACUUGUUUUGGCUAGGAACAUUUGAGUUUUGUCUGCAUCUUGAUUUUCUGACAUUGUUGGCCAAGUCACAUGAACAUUUUUUGAUCACUGAAAAAAACAGCCAGACAAGGCAUUAGGGAGAGUGGUUAAAGUAGGGGGUGGGAGGGCAGGAAUGCUUAUGUAGGAUAGAAAGAAUAUGGGAGUAACUGUUUGAUUAUGGUGAUUCAGUGCUUUGGAACCUUAGAAGGCUCCUGUGGGCAUGUCAUUGCCACUGUGUCAGCCUCUAAGACCCUCUCCCUUUUGAAAUGAGAAUACAAGUAGAUCACAGUUUAAAGUAGUUUAGUGUAAUACUACUAAAAUUUGAUCAUUAUACUUGUUUACUUCUUGGUGCAUAUUUCCUAAAUAUGCUUGGGGUUUGGGGUGGGGGUUAAGUUUUCACUGUUCCAUUGUGUCUUACCCAAUAUUUUUCUCCCUCCCAUGGCUUUGGCAUCUCUUCUGACUCUUUUUUCAUCUCCUUUGGCUUAUUGUGGUAGUCUGCUGGUGCAGGUACAUAGCUCAGUGCACCCCUCCAUCAGUUUCUGUUAAUUAUCUCCAAUAUUGUCCAAGUUAUUUUGAUGUUCUAAGAAAAUGUCAUUUAUUUAAUAAAAUCUUUUCCAAGUUAAAAGCAAAAGAAAAUAUACCCUGUGCUAGGAUACCCAUUCCAGCUUUCAACAUUGCCCUUAUAUUUUAUAGAUGCUCUUUUUGUCUGUGUUGGUAGUAAUUAAUGACUAGUGAAUUUUCAUGUAAAUGAAACAAAUAUUUCAGAUUUUAUUAAUCUCUCAUAACCCUGCCAAAUCUGAUGACUUCAUCCUGAAUACUUCCUAGAAGGCACUUCCCCUCCUACCUUUUAUUUCAUUCUAUCCUAUUCUAUUCUUAGACUAACACAUUAGGUAAAGAAACUUUAACUGCAAAGUCAGUGGUUUUUCAGUGCUCCCACAUAAAUGAUGUUAUUGACAAAAGUAAGAAAUUAUUUCAUUGUUUUUUUUCUGUGUUACUAUCUCUUCUCUUGUGUUCUUGACAGUGUGUUUAGUGGAUGGAUAAUACGUAUUUCUCUUUCCCACACCCAGAUUUCAAAUUUCCUGCCUUUUUGGCCCACCUCACAACAAAAGCUCCAUAGUUUAUUAACGUAAGUUUCAAUGGGUGCUUCUUUGUGGAAACUGCAAGACUUAAUGGAAAUGUUUCAGAAAGGAAUGAGAAUGUCUCAGGAGUUGUUCUGUGAUGGAAUUUGGUCUGUUGUUCUGUUAAUGCUGAUGGAAAGAAACUUACAGCGCUUAAUAAAAGUUUAUUCUUUUAGUAAAAAAAAAUUGUGCAAUAA